AUGCGGAACAUGCGCGGCACCGUGAGCUGGCUCGCGCGGAGCGGCUUCGACUACCUCAAGGUCGACAGUGGGGGUGCGUACAACGACAUGCAGCUGUGGAGCGACCUCAUCGCAGCUUCUGGCCGGCCCAUGCUGGUUGAGAACUGCCACCAGGGCCACCUGGAGCCGAACUCGACCUGGUGCCCCUUCGACCUCUUCCGCACCUCGGGUGAUGGCCACGUCGUCGGCCUCGACGUCGAGCUGUUCGCCAGCGCGGCUGCGCUGAACCUUGCGCGGCCGGGCUGCUGGGCCUACCCGGACACGCUGGACGCUGGCACCGCGGCUCAGGCUCGUAGCCAGUUUGGCCCCUUCGCGGUUAUGUCCGCCCCGCUGGUGCUCAGCUUCGACAUCCUGGAUGACGACCGGCUCCUUCCCGUUUGGGACGUGCUGACCAACGAGGAGGCCAUCAGCGUCAACCAGCGCUGGGCCGGUUCCGCCGGCGCGCUGCUGCGCAAGUGGGCGCCCCACGCGGCGGGGGACCCGCUGUACCCCUGGGCGGAGCACUGCCUCGACCGGGAGCCAGUCCAGCGGGGGUGGUCGUACGACGAGACUCGGGGGCUGCUAAGGGUGCCCAAUGGUCGAAGACUAGCAAGCUACACAAAUGAGUCGGAGGAGGAGGCGGAGGAGUUGGAAGAGGAGGAGGAGGAGGAGGAGGAGGAGGAGGAGGAGGAGGAGGAGGAGGAACGAGGGGGGAGACCCCACGUGACCUUUCGGCGCUCCGUGCGGACUUCUUGGAUCGGGGCUGGGGCCCCUGGCGGCGCCUUCGGCGCCGCCCCUGGCCCGCACCGCGCGGCAAAGAGGGUGGCCCCGCGCCGAUCCAAGAACUCCGCGCGGACCUCCGAGGAACGAUGUGCAUGCCGUUCUCCCUCUCGCCCCCUCUUUCGGCCGUUUCCUCUGCCCUUAAGACGGGCACGUCCUUCUAUAGGAUGA